CGCACAUCUUGCAAGGUGUAAUUGUCAGGGGUAGUAUGGUACGAGAUGAGCAAGAUGGGGCAGAGCUGAGAAUCAGGACCAUUACAAAAAGAAGCCUAACGGCCACCUCCACGAUUUUUGUUCUUCUUCUUUAUUUGUUCGUCGUGCGGCCGCAGUCACUCGUUUGUCAUAUCCGCAGUGCCGUCACUCCUUGCAGUCAGUAAUCACGAUAUAUCUUUCUGGUCACUUUGUUUUAUAUUUUUUAUUUUUAUUUUUUUCCAGAUCUCAUUCAAGAUGCGUGUGCUCGCUCUCGCUGCCCUCGCGGCGCCGCUUGUCUCGGCCCUGCAGUUCACUGAUCCCGUCGCCAAUGCCACCCUUCACAAGGGUGAGACCUUUGACCUGAAGUGGUCCACCGUCGAUACCGACCCCACCGACUUCAGCGUGUACCUGGUCAACUUUGUCAACUGGCCUCCUUACUAUACGCCUUUGGCCUAUAACAUUGAGCCUUCCUCCGGCGAGCUCAGCGUGACCAUUCCCUGCGACAUUGAUAGCUCCUAUGGCUGGCAAUUCAAUGCUAUCAACGGGACCAACGUCUACGUUAUCUAUGCCCAGACGCCCAAGUUCUACAUCAGCGGUGGUCCCUGCUCGGUUGAUUCGCCCUUCCCGACCGGGGCGCCCUCGAGCUGCGCGCCGGCGGCCACCGUUACCGUCACGGUGAGCACAACCCUUUCGCAGUCUUCCUUCUCCACUCUUCUCUACGCCAACUCCACCGGAACCGCCAGCCCUACUACUCUCAUGAAGCCCGCCACCAUUACCAAGUCCCCCAUUCCUGGAAAGUGUCCUGACACCAUUGGCUGGGGCCCUUCAGGCUACGGUAAUCCCGUAAAGCUGGCCGCUGUCCCUACCGGACCCGGUGACGUCCCCGCGCCGGCCACCACCGCUCCGCCCAUGAUCAACGGUGCUGCCUUCUUUGCCGAGACUGGCAUCACGAGCACCAUCUACCACACCGUCUACAAGGAUCUCUCUGAGGUCCAGGAUUGCAUGUGCUAAGCAACAUGGCUCGUGCUACCAUGCGAGAAACAAAGACGAAGGAAGCUUGAUUGAUGGAAGGAUGUAAGGAUGUGAUGGGGGAUGUUUUGUUAGGCUAAGGGUUGGUGAUUUGUGGGCUUGGAAACCUAAAGCGAAAGCGAGCGAGACAGGAGUUGUAUCAUUUUUAUUUUCCUUUCAUUCUAAUCUUCAAAGGCACUAGCGUCUGAAUUGUAAACCGUGGUUGGAACAUCCAUCAAUUGAGUUCGAGCUUGGAGUGCCAAUGUGUUUGCCUUUGACUACGGUAUAAAGAGGAUAGAAUAGGGAAGCUGUGCGACGGGAGUAUAUGGCAUGGCUUGGACUUUAAAAGACACAAGAUCUGGACGAGACGUAGACCGAGCACAUGAAGAU